AAUGUGUACAUGAAACGUACUAUCAGGAUAUAAAAUGAAACAAAAAAUUAUUCUUUUUCUGAAUUUAAUAAAGUAUAAUACAUGCGUAUUAGUUGAGAAUUUAAGAAAAAGAUAGUAUAUAUGAUCUGUAUAUAAAUAAUUCUAUGAAAUUGUUUUCUUAAAUGCUAAUUACGUUUUGAACAUAAAAAUAUAAAUAUUAAUACGAUAAACUUGUAACAUGUAAAUAUUAUAUAUAAUAUAUACCUUUUUUUUAAAAAGAUAUUGCAUAUAUUAAAGAUAACACAGUCGUUUCAAAUUUUCUUUCCCCUAUGAAUUGCCCAACAUAAUAAACUAACAAGUAAUAAUAUAUUAUAUGCGCCGAUGGAAAAGUAAUAAUAUGUUGCAUUAAGCAAGCGUUAUGUAAGUUUAUUCAAGUGAUAAUAAUAGCGUAUCAUAUUUGUAUAUCUUUAAUAAUAAUGUAUUAUAACAUUUGCAAAAAGAAUUAUGGUACAUUUGAUAUUAGUAAUAUAGAAAUAUUAAUAUCAUAUAUAAAUUUUCAUCAGUCGCUAUUCAGUGCAAUAAAAAUGUUGAGGGAGGGCCUCCUAUUAGGCGUGGGUAAUCCUCUUCUUGAUAUUUCAGCGAUUGUAGAUAGGAAUUUUUUGGAAAAAUAUGAUUUAAAAUCGAACGAUGCAAUUCUUGCUGAAGAAAAACACAAGCCAAUGUAUGAUGAAUUAGUUGAAUUGUAUAACGCAGAUUUUAUUGCCGGUGGUUCUGUACAAAAUACUAUGCGAGUAGCACAAUGGUUCCUGGAGAAACCACGAGUUGCAACUUACAUGGGUUGCGUUGGAAUAGAUAAGUAUUCCAAAAUUUUGGAGGAUAAGGCACGUGCAGAUGGCUUAAAUGUUCGUUAUCAAUAUACAAAGAAAGAACCUACUGGUACCUGUGCUGUUCUUAUUACUGGCAAUGAACGUUCCUUAUGCGCCAAUUUGGCUGCAGCCACUUGUUUCUCACCUUCCCAUAUAGAGGAAUCUGAAAAUAAAAGAAUUAUAGAAAUGGCAGAAUACAUUUAUAUUUCUGGCUUUUUCUUAACUGUUAGCCCAGAAACAACCCUGAUGAUUGCUCAACAUGCUUUAGAAAAAAAUAAAAUGUUCAUAAUGAAUCUGAGUGCACCAUUUUUAUGCGAAUAUUAUAAAAAACCAAUGUUGGAGGCUCUUCCUUAUGUAGAUAUUUUAUUUGGUAAUGAGGCGGAAGCUGAUACAUUUGCAAAAGCAAAUGAUUUUAAAACUACGGAUAGGAAAGAAAUUGCAUUGAAAUUGUCACAAAUGGAAAAACUGAAUAAGAAAAGACAAAGAAUUGUUAUAAUAACACAAGGUCCUGAUAAUAUAUUAGUAGUUAAAGAUAACACUAUAAUUGAGAUUCCUGCUACAAGACUUCCGAAUGAUAAGGUUGUGGAUACUAAUGGAGCUGGUGAUGCAUUUGUAGGAGGUUUUUUGGCUCAACUUGUGCAAGGUAAAAGCAUAGAAGUUUGUAUAAAAUGUGGAAUUUGGGCUGCAACUCAAAUUGUACAAAGAUCUGGAUGUACUUACGAGGGGAAACCUGAUUUUACUCCUUAAUCACACUUAAAUCAGUUAGUAAUUGUAAAUUCUGUACUUAAUAAAUGAUUUAACAACUUUUUACCUCAA